UUUGAUUUUUCAGUGUACUUAGCAGUUGCAUACGUGGUUGUUGUCAUCAAUGUUUCAGUUACUAACUGGUGGAGCGUGAAUCCAGAAUGUUAUAAUCAUUUGAUCAUCAAUGCUUUGAUUAUCAGUGUAAUUUAUACGCAUGUUUUUGUUUACUGUUUACAUGAUUAUAGUGAGCUUUUAAAGUGGUUAGGUUUUUCUAUAGCUGCAGGCUUCAAAAACGUAAGAUCGUCUUCCUAAGCCUUCAUGGUCGUUCGUGGCAGAAUCCUCGCUGUAUUCAACAGUUUCCCUCUGUUUCCAUCGAAGGCUCGUUUUGCGGUUGUCUCGAGGAGCUUCUUUGGUCGUUUGUUUACUUCAGAUGUUUCUGCGCUAGAUGGUUAUCCCUUGUCUGGCAAUCUAUCGUCUGAGCAACCCGAAAAAUGUGGAGAUAUGAAUAGGAAGCAUGAUAUUAAUGUCAUCAUCAACAAAGUUCUCAAUGCACAAAGUGAAUCCGAAGUCUUCCAGUCUCUGGCACAAGACAUUGAGUGUAACAAGAUACAAAUCACGCACAGCUUGGCCACAAGGUUGCUUCAUCGUUUUCAAGAUGAUUGGAAGUCUGCAAUUGGUGUUUUUAGAUGGGUGGAAACAUGUCAAGGGUAUAAACUUUUGCCGGAACAUUAUGAAAAAUUAGUGGAUGUAUUGGGAAAGAUGAAACAAAUGGAGAAGAUGAAGGAACUAGUUGGGGAAAUAUGUGAUAAUCAUCUCAUUUCCCUCAAUACAAUAGCAAAGAUGAUGAGGAGAUUGGCCGGUGCAGGAGAAUGGAAAGAAGCUGUCAAGAUUUUUGAUGAGUUAGAGAAAUUUGGAUUGGAAAAGAAUACCGAGUCUAUGAACAUACUUCUUGAUACCCUCUGCAAAGAACACAAAGUGGAGCAGGCGCGUGAACUAUUCUUGGAGCUGAAAUCACAUAUUACACCAAAUGCAAACACCUAUAACAUUUUUAUCCAUGGAUGGUGCAAAAUAAAGAGGGUUGAGGAGGCAGAGUGGACUAUCCAGGAAAUGAAGGGGCGUGGUUUUCGCCCAUGUGUCAUCAGCUACUCUACCAUAAUCCAAUUUUUUUGCUCGCAAUGCAAAUUCUACAGGGUUUAUGAGCUGCUUGACGAAAUGGAAGUGCAAGGAUGUCCUCCCAAUGUUGUUACUUUCACCACCAUUAUGAAUUCUUUUACGAAGUCAGGUUACAUAGAUGAAGCAUUACAGGUAGCUGAGAAAAUGAAAGUAGCAGGCUGCAAACCCGAUACCCAGUUUUAUAAUGCGCUGAUACAUACCCUAGGGAGAGCUGGCCUUAUAGAGGAGGCAUUAAAUGUUUUUACUAAGGAAAUGCCCAAUGGUAGAAUUAACCCAAAUACUUCAACUUUCAAUUCUAUGAUUGCUAUGUUUUGUCAUCACAAACAAGAGCAAAGGGCCCUGGAGUACCUUGGGAUUUUAGAACAGUCACCAUACUGUAAACCUGAUGUUCAAUCAUUCUAUCCGUUGCUGAAGUUGUAUUUUCGAGAUGGGAAGACAUGCAAGUGCUUGAAUCUCGUAGAUGACGUGGUUAAGAAGCACCAUUUAUGUCUUGAUCUGGCAACUUAUACUCUUUUAAUCCAUGGAUUCUGCAGAGGAAACAAAUACGAGAGGGCAUACCAGCUUUUCAAGGAAAUGAUAGGUCAAAAUAUAAAACCUAGAUAUGUAACAUGCUCAUUGCUUUUGAAAGAAAUGAGAGAGAAAAACAUGUAUGGUGCAGCCGAGAUGAUUGAAGACGUUAUGAAGAAAAUGAAAUCGCCUGGACAGAAAAACUGCAGCAAUCCUGCUUCUAAUGAAGUUUGAAAAAUGCUCAUUUAUAGAAUUGGCCACUGUGCAGCAAUCCUGCUUUGACUGAAGUUUGAAAAAUGUUGCUCGAUGGGAGAGACAGGGCAACCAGAUAAGUUAAUGUUUCCAUGACAUGUCCCAUCAGGGAUGGGAACUGCAUUCCAAGUGAGAUCAGUCCAGAUUCGUGUUAGGUGGGCAUUUGGCGCAUAAUGUUCCAAGUGGUGGUUGGAGACUUGGAGCCAUCUUACGAGAUAUUGAGCCAGAGCCAAGACUAGAACCUUUAAAAUUCGAAAAUUUGAAAGCAAAGACAAAGGCAUCAACAUCCUGUGGAGAUAUUUUGGUUUAUAAUGAAUUAUCAGCCCAACAUACUACCAUCAAACAUAGUGUACAUCUGCAUAUGCUAACAAAGAAAGUUUCAAAAUUAUCAUCCAAUUUAUUAAUUUCAAUUUAGAUUAGUGCACCUAUAUAAUAAAUCUGCCUCUUUGACCUUGGUAGUUAUUUAGGUGUUGGACUGUAAUUACAAUGUUCGAUUUGAUGAAUUAAAUAAGUCUGAAUCUUAUGAA